GCGUCAAAAUUUAAAUAAACGAAAACAAACCGCGGCGUUAUUAUAAUUCCAUUUUAACCCCGGGAAAACUUACAUAUGGAGGAGAAUCAAGAAUCAGUUUACCAACUGAUAACUCGGUUAACGGGGUUGUAUACCGACGAACCGGCAACGGUCAAACGGCUACGCUCGCGUUGUUUCCAAACGUUGCUCGGCAAGACUGUCCCCCCAAAUCCGAGAAAAUUUAAAGAUGUGGACGGCCUGGACGACCCGUUUCUCAGCAUACUGUCUUGGAGUUUUAGACUGUCGCACGAAUUCGACAUGCGGGAAUUGGGCCGCAAGCUUGUCCGGUGCCUCGACCGAUUCAAGGACGAAUAUAAGGGGGACGCGGACUGCCGCGACCGCAUUUUGAGGUUCCUCUUUAUUUCGAGGGACUUGCCGUCAAAAGAAGACGACGAUCGACUAAAUCUGUCGACCUUGCCGGACAUAAGCUGCGAUCUAAUGAAGUUCCAAAGCGUGUUUUCCACGUUUGAGAUGCAGAGGCACGAUUUAACGUUAGGCGAGGUUGAAUUGCGACCGGCGGACGAGGGUCACGUUUCACCCACGCGUGAUCAAAUCCUCGAACUCGCCUCGCAGGUCGAAUACUCGAGCCGCAGAACUUGGGAAUCGUACGGGCUUUCGUUUCCUGAUAAGGAGAAGCCCUUCAUGUCGGAACUGGGCGAACUCUCGUCGCUGUGGGUCGAAAACCUCCAGUCUCUUUACUUUACCCACAGAGACGCGAAUUUUAACGUUCAACUUCGGAUAAAACCGAAAGUGGAGCUCAUAAAGCAAUUGAAAUAUGCCUUGGUCGGCGUACCGUUCGACCUGUUCGGGGUCGGCAAGAGGGGCGUGUUUUUCUUGAAACCCGACGUUUUGAUUGACGGCGUCACUCGAAACACGCUCGAGCGUUACUGCGCAGAUUUUUCAUUCUGCGCGGCGUGUUAUCGGGCGCUGUCCGACGUGGCCACGCCCGACUCGUACACGUGGCAGCACAAGCGACCCGGAUACAUAUUCAAGGAGUUCUGCGAGGGCGUGGGCUCGUAUCUUCGGUUCUAUCGAGUGGCCGUGUUCGCUGUCCCCGAUCGCACGCCCCUGCUCGAAUUUCACAGAAGGACGGCCUCGAUCCGGGCGCAAAUCGCGACCCUCGCUUCCGUGUGCAAGGUGGGGCCCUUCGAAUCGAGUGCGGACACGGUACCGCACGGGGUCGCCCUUUUGAACUAUCUCUACAAGAGGGUGCUCGAGCUGCGUGACGAGAAACUCCGCCACGUGGUCUACGCAGUGCUGUACCCGUGUUGCCAGAUUUACCUUAGCCGUUUCGUCCACCGGUGGAUCUUCAGGGGCUCGCUGAGCGACUCGCACGACGAGUUCUUCGUCACCUCGCGUCCGAAAUACGUCGCCACCAGGGGGCGUACGUACUGGACGCGAGGCUACGACGUCAACGAGGACCGGGUGCCCGAUUUCCUCAUCGAUUUGAAGGAGGACAUCGUCCGAUGCGGCAAAAUGGUGAACCUGCUCGAGCUGUGCGACCCGAACAACCCGCUGUGCUCUUACCUGAGGGGGCGGAUCCCGGUGGCCGUGCAGUGUUGCCUGACCCGCGCGAAGUUGAAAAAAGCCGAGGCGACCGCGGCCGAGUACUUCCUGGAGGCCUCCUCCAUUUGCGGGCCGAAAUUCGACCUGGAAUUAUUGCUCGAACGGGAACGGUCGAGAGAGGAGGCGCUCUGCGCAGCGGCCGCUAAGAAACGUGUUCUCGUAAUGCACAGGAUCGAACUGGAGCGCGAAAAGACGGCGCGCGAGCUGCUCGCGAGGAAGCAGGACGAAUUGGCAGUACUGCGGGAUCAAUACGAGUCGGCCGUGCUCGACAAACAGUUGAAGGUGUGCCGCGAGAUCGCGACCGACAUCGGACAGUUGGAGGCGGAGCUGAAGAUCGAGCGGCGUAGAGAGGAGCUCGUGGGCGGGGAAGCGAGAAAGCUGAUCGAGUUCUACGCGGAGCUGAGUCGGGCUACCGAGGCUCGCGGGCUCAAGGUAGAGCGUUGUCUGAGUGCCGUGAGGCACGUCAGCCUCGAUGCCGACGUCCUUGAGCGCUUCUCGUCGGCGGAGAACAUUUUAAACUCACCCCGGACCAGUUCGGAGGAGAGUUUUUACUCGGCGCCCGGCGAGGAGGCGUCGGAAAAGCGUCGCGACGACGCCCUCGCCGUCGAAGACGCGAUAAACGCGAACGACGCGAAGGGGGCGGACCCGAACGUGCCGAAGAUCGUGGAGAAUUUCGAGUUCGCGCGUCAGAUCCGACGCAAAGUCCUCGAGCAGGAUUUCGAUACGCGACAGGAGAUCGGCGUCGCGACGGAGACGCCCGCCGUAUUGACCGACGCGCAGCGUAACAAACUGAAAGUUAUGUCGUCGGAGUUCGGGAUCGACGUCGUGACGCGGGCGGCGACGCCCGCCCACUUGACAGACGCGCAGCGUAACAAAUUGAAGGUUAUGUCGUCGGACUUCGGCGUCGACGUCGUGACGACCGCAGCGACGCCCGGCGAGUUGACGGAAGCGCAGCGCAACAAAUUAAAGGUUAUGUGGUCGGAGUUCGGGAUCGACGUAGUGACGGAAGCUAAACGCUUUGCGGGGCCGCUUAGCGCCGCCAUCUUGAAUCGGAACAAGGUAUUGGGCAGCAGCGCCUGCUUCGCUGGCCUGGAUAAUGAGACCUACGUCAACCGGAACAUCGUUUCAGGCUCGGCGAUACCAAAAUCUGAGUCGCUGCACCUAGACCUCAAACGAUCGAUCGAGACGGUAGCGGACGGGCCGGUGCCUAUGUCGGUCGACUCCACCCCCUUGAGCGAUCUACCGCUAACCGUCACGCCCCUUAGCGAGUUACCGCGGAGCGUCGCUGCUAGCACGACUUAUUGUACCUCGGAGACUCAGAGCGAUUACGCGUCGGUGGAACCGUGUCCGGUGGACGCGACCGAGGCCCCGCCCCCCGCGGAUUUCAGCAAAACCGUGAGCCGAGACGAGGCGGAAAACGUCUGCACUUCAAGCGUCGGUUUGUUCUUGCGCGAGAGCGUCGCGGUGCCUCUAAUGACCCAGAAGAAACUCGUCGCCAACGCGAUACUCAAGUAUUUCGUCGAGAACGUCAGCUAUCUGCGACAUUUGGCGAACCUGCGCGAUUAUUUCUUCCUCCAAGACGGCGAGUUCGGACGCAAUAUGACCGAGAACCUCUUCGAGAAGCUGUACGACGCCAGUUUACCGGCGGAGUUGAUCAACUGCCGCACUUUGCAGCACUUGGUGUUCGGCGCGUUGGACAGUUCGACUCGCGCGCACGACAACUCGAAAUUGCUCUCGUUCAAAAUCGACCGCCUGCCGGCCAACUUUGACCUCGGCGACCCCGACGUCCUCGACUGUCUCUCGCUUACUUACAAGGUCGACUUUCCGCUCAACAUCCUCCUGCCGACUGAUACGGUAUCCAAGUACGAUCAGGUGUUCAAGUAUUUGGUGAAGGUGAAUCGCGUGUCGUGGGUGCUGAAAAGGACCUUCCUCGAGCUAAAGGUUUUGGCGAAGGAGACGGGCGAGAAGGAGAUUUAUCUGAUGACGUCGCCGCAGUAUCGUCGGCUGCACCUGUACAGGCACGUGAUGUCCCAUUUCGUGCAAACGCUCCAGAACUACGUGGUGGGGGACGUGUUGCGGCCCAGCUGGGCACUGCUCGAAAAGCGUCUAGCCGCCGUUACCGGUCUGGACGGUUUGUACGAUGCGCACGGCGCCUACAUCAAGGAUAUCCUGUUUAGGUGCCACUUAAGUCAGAAGACGGCCGCUAUGAAGGCAAUAAUUCAGAAAAUAUUCGUCGUCGUAUUGAAGUUUUACGAUUACCUGAGGUCACGACGGUGGCGAUGUUCUGAAGGGAUCUACGUGCAUCCCAACUUCGACAAGCUGGACAAGAUAUUUAAAAACUUCGAGGAGUUCGUCGCUUAUAUGUUUAGGGUGGUGAAAAAACUGACGCGCACGGGCUACCAGCCUCAUUUGGUUCAGUUCGUGGACGCUUUAGACGUCAACGAGUAUUAUUCGAACAGAAUCCAACCGAAAAUAAGCUUGUCUUAAAAACCGUUCAUUUCUUUUUCGAUUUUUCGAACAAUUUUGCAUCGAUCUUGUUUAUUAUAUUGCCGUCGUUACGCGCUAGUUUAUUUAUUUAUUAUUAAAAUGUU